ACCCCUUGCGUGCCAGCUGAUGAGCUGUUGAGUUGGCCGCUGUGGUCGGGGAGGAAUCGCUCGCCGAACGGUACGCAAUCAAGGGGCCUGCUUGGCGGUUCAAGGGCGCGCGGCCGGAGAUGGAGAACGACAUCCUCGUGGCGCUGGAAGACCUCGGUUACCAAGGCCCUCUUCUGGAGGAUGGGACCCUGGAGACGGCUGUGAGUGGAGGUGCGGCAUCACCAGAGUUCACGAAGCUUUGCGCUUGGAUCAUCUCCGAACUCCGGCUCUACUGCAAGCUUGAGGAAAAUGUCCAAGCCACCAAUUGUCCAAGCGAAGCGGAUGGCUUCCAGCUGGAGAUGAGCGGCCUGCUGUCCGAGCUGGCCUGUCCUUACUCUGUCCUUACCACUGGAGACGUCACCCAGAGACUCUGCAACAGAACCAACUGCCUGCUUCUCCUCACCUUUCUGGUGUCCGAGUUGGAAGCAUCCCGGAUGAUCCUCGUCAACAAGCCUAAGGAGAAGUCCCAGGAGUCGGCGGGUAGUCCAGUCUUCCAGGAGCUGAAGGGCAUUUGCGUGGCUCUAGGCAUGUCUAAGCCCCCGGCCAACAUCACCAUGUUCCAGUUCUUCAGCGGAAUUGAGAAGAAGCUAAAAGAAGCCUUAACCAGAGUCCCGGCGAGCCACGUAGGAGAACCUCUCAUGAAGAAGCAGCUUGGACCAGUUCACAUGGAAAAAGUGGAAGCUGUGAACCAGGCACUUGUGAAUGAGUAUGAGGUGAGAAGAAAGAUGUUGCUGAAGCGUAUGGAUGUAACCGUUCAGUCCUUCGGGUGGUCCGACAGAGCCAAGAUGCAUACUGAGAAGAUGGUAAGAAUCUACCACCCCUUACGUGCUGUUCUCUGCACCAAGAGCAAAGUCUCGGUCUCCCACCUUCUCGCCGCACGGGAAGACCUGUCUAAAAUCCUGCGUACAAGCAGCGGCAAGAUAAGGGAGAGGACUGCGUGUGCCAUCAAUAAGGUUCUGAUGGGUCGUGUGCCAGACAGGGGCGGCAGACCCUGCGAGAUUGAGCCCCCACCUCCAGAGAUGCCCUCCUGGCAGAAGCGCCAGGAUGGACCCCAAGGAGGAGGGGGGUUUGGCGGGGCUGGGCGUGGAAGCGGAGGGGGUGGCAGGGGAGGCUACGAACAGUACUCCCAGGGCGGGCGGGGAGGCUAUGAGAGAGGAGGGGGUGGGUAUGGGGAGAGGGGGGGAAGAGGAGGCAGAGGAGGAGGAGGAGGAGGAGGAGGGAGGGGUGGCGGCUAUCACCAGAGUUACCAUCAAGAUGGAGGAGGUCAUCAGGGAGGAACUGGGAGAGGAGGCUAUGGAGGAGGGAGCUACCAAGGAGGCUUCCAGGACCCUGGCUACUCUGGUGGGGGAGGUGGUGGUGGUGGUGGUGGUGGCUACCAUGACAACUACAAUCAAGAUGGCAGUCGACACCAGGACAGAGGUGGUAGCCGGGGUGGUCGGGGAGGCCGAGGAAGAGGAGGUCGAGGAGGAGGAGGACAGGGAGGAGGCUGGGGAAUGAGGGGGGGUCAGAAUUUCAACCAAGGGGGACAGUUUGAACAGUACUUCCAACAAGGCGGCCAGCAGUACAAUCAAGCAGGCUUUGGUCAAGGCAGACUAUACAGUAGCUGAGGACAAAGGGCAGCAGAGUCCACUGGAGGAGGGGCUUUUUUUGAAAUGUGGAUAAACUUAGGAAAUGGCCUUAUCCAAACAUGACUAGAGCAUGGGUAUAAACGCGACAAAUUUUGGGAUUAGAGCUGUUCACAUGCAUGAUGUAUACAUGCACUUAUCGCUUUCUGGGUAAUUACGACCAUUCUGCAAAAGACCCUUCCACCAAAGUGGUCUCCUCUGUCUUUCAGUCAUACAUACCUGAUGGCUAAUGCGUGUGCUGUGUGCUUCUUUAUGGAUAAUAUUGAUCUAAACACGACGUCAAACCAGGUUGAAUCAGCCUGAUUCAACCUGGUUUGAUUUUUUUUUCCUACCUGGGUUAUUGAGCAUGCAUCAAGACAUCUAAACACAACAGUUUCCGCUGCAAACCGUUAGUUGGGUUCUGCUGUCUUGACUUCAUUUUGACACUUAAUUAGCCUUAUUUGCGGGAUUAUUUGGCCUAAAAGGGAAAGCGCGAGUUCUGGGAUAGCCAUGUUUUGUUUUGGGCAUACAAAUCGUUUUAUUUGGAGUUCCACUGGUCCAUCCCAUAGUUUUCUUAAAUUCCAAUACUUGAAAAAGAUACCUGCUUUUGUCUUUGGUUCUGGGAUAUCUCCCCUGUUUGUUUUGAAACAUGCCACCUUUUGCUGCUCAUAAAAAAAACAUGUAUGUACAAAUUUGGAUGUUAUAAAGACCGAGUGAUGUGCGAAUGAGAUGAGUAAUAAACUUUGAAAUGAAGUUAUU